ACGGCGGCGCUGCCGUUCGCGAUGUUGAUAAGAGGAGACUAGGGUAAAGGUCGGCUUCGCCGUAUUGUGCGCGAGUCCCUACAUAAAUGCAUAGCGGAUGUAACGAAUGUUUAGUAAGUGCGAAGCGACACGACCUACCACUUAUUAAUAAUACACUUAACUAAUCUAGUUCGGAGUGAACGCGGAUCGUUGCAUUCAUCAAAAGCCAAAAACAAAAAAAUAGGAAUUUAAGAAGAUUUUUACGCACAAACUAAUCAGAAAAUAUGUCGGCCAAGGAAAUCGUGCAGAGGGCGCGAACCGCCUUCCUCAAGGGAACCACCAAGUCUCUGGACUUCAGACAGAAGCAGCUGGAAGCGCUGCUGCGAUUCUACAAGGAGAACACGUCGAAGAUGCUUACUGUCCUCGACAAGGAUCUGAGGAAGAGCAAGCAGGAAUCUUACCUGACCGAAAUCAACUAUCUGAUCAACGAUUUGGAGGGCGUGAUCGCGGAGUACCGCGACUGGGCGAAACCGUCGAAGCCGGAAAAGCCGCUCGUCAACGCCAUGGACGACGUGCAGAUCAUCUCCGAGCCGUACGGCGUCGCGCUCAUCAUCGGCGCCUGGAACUACCCGCUGCAGCUCAGUCUGCUUCCUCUUGCAGGAGCGAUCGCGGCCGGCAACUGCGCGAUCGUCAAACCGUCCGAGGUAUCGCCUGAAACGGCGAAUUUCAUCAAGGAAAACUUACCAAAGUAUCUGGAUAACGAAUGCUACCACGUCUACUUGGGCGGUGUCGCAGAGACGACGGAAUUGCUGAAAGAGCGCUUCGAUUACAUCUUCUACACCGGAUCGACGAACGUCGGGAGGAUCGUGCACGCCGCGGCCAACAAGUAUCUGACGCCGGUGACGCUCGAGUUGGGUGGCAAGAGUCCCGUCUUCCUCGACGACGACGUCGACAUGACGAUCGCGACUAAACGCAUCCUGUGGGGAAAAUGCGUGAACGCCGGUCAAACAUGCAUAGCUCCGGAUUACCUGUUGUGCUCGAAACAGGCGAGCGACAGAUUCGUCGCGGAGGGCAAGAAGAUCCUCGCCGAAUGGUACGGCAACUCCAUCAAGGAUUCGCCCGAUCUCUGCAGGAUCGUCAACGAGAACCACUUCAAGCGAGUCACCAAACUGCUGAAAAACGCAAACAUCGCUAUAGGUGGUGAAUUCGAUUCGAACGAAAAGUUCAUCUCCCCGACCGUCGUUGUGGACGUGAAGCCCGACGAUGCGCUCAUGCAGGAGGAGAUCUUCGGGCCGAUCCUGCCCAUCAUCACCGUAUCCGACGUGUCCGAGGCGAUCGCGUUCAUCAACAAAGGGGAGAAACCGCUCGCACUGUACGUCUUCUCCAACGACAACAAGAAGGUGAAGUCGAUCCUGUCGCAGGUGUCCGCGGGCGGUGUCUGCGUCAACGACACCAUUAUGCAUCUGACCGUCGAGUCGCUUCCAUUUGGGGGCGUCGGCAGCAGCGGCAUGGGCGCCUACCACGGCAAGUCCACCUUCGACACGUUCAGCCACAAGAAAAGUACGAUGAUCAGAAGUCUGAACAAGUUCGGCGAGAUGCUGAUGACGAGCAGGUAUCCGCCGUACACGGAGAAAAAGAUGAAGUUCCUGUCGACGGCGCUCAAACGCAGAGAGGGCAUCUCGUUCAGGUAUCUCAUGCAUGCCGCCCUCUUCUUCAUGGGUCUCGGUUCAGCCUUCCUCUUCAAGUACAUCAAUAACGUCAUCUGAUUGACACACUGUAACAUAAAAUGUACAUAGCCAUUAAUAUGAUUGUAAUUUUCUACUUAUAAAAUUAACAAUAAACGUAAAUGUUAUUAUUCGCAAGAAA